AACACCUCCGUGAAGCCCCCUUUUGCUUUGUAUGGAAGCGGUCAGCAUCACCACAACAGAGUGAGAGCUAAUUUAUCUAUAACACAAUUUUCAGAAGCUACAUGCGAUUGAUUUGCAGAGUAACCUGUUUGUAGUAAGCUGUGUUUGUAGUCUGUCUUGAUGAAAUCACGAAUUUACGCUUUUAUUAAGACAAUAAUUAACUUUAGUCUUUACGCUUUCCCUGAAGCAACUGUUAUUUUAUUAGACUUCUACUAGUCUCUCGUGCUGUUAGCGCCCACCACAAGUAGAAUUUAACAGUUUUGAACGCUUGCAUUUACACUUUUUCAUUAUUAAAGAAAUAACUAAGUUACUACGUGGCACUAGCUGAGUGGCACCUAAAACAGGACGGUGUGUUCAUUUGGGGAAAUGAAGAGGGUUGUGGUGCUGUCACUGGUGCUGCUCAGCGUACACCCAGGUGCUUCAACACCACCCAAAGGUGUCACUGCCAGCCUCAAAGCCAAAUGGAGCAUGACCCCUUUCCUCUUGGAGACAAGUGAGUUUAUUGGAGAAGAUGGGAAUGAGAAAUUCUGGCAGUUUGUCGACACGGUGAAAGAACUCACUGUUUACAAGCAUGGAGAAUCAGUGCGCUCUUAUUACAACCUGAUCAUUAAGAAGGCGGGACAGUUCCUCACCGAUCUUCAGGUUAAUCUCCUCAAAUUUGCUUUGUCCAUGCGGGUCUACUCACCAGCUGUUCAUGCAUCCCAGCAGAUAGCCAGUGACGAGCCUCCGCCCGAGGCUUGUCCUGCCUUUAUCUCUGUCCAUGGUCAACAUAGCUGCAGCACCAAGGACAUCAAGAAGCUUCUCAAAGGUGCUGCAGGCAGGCCUAAACCUUACUUGUACAAGAAUGAUCACACGUACCCAGGAGCCAAUAGAACAGAUGUGCCGGUUGUGAUUCUCUACGCUGAAGUUGGAACCAAGAAGUUUAACUCUUUUCAUAAGGUGCUUUCAGAGAAGGCAGAAGAAGGUGCUCUUCUAUAUGUACUGCGGCAUUUUGUAGCAAAGCCAAAGCCUCAGAACAUGCUUUUAUCCGGGUAUGGUGUGGAGUUGGCUAUCAAAAGCACAGAAUACAAAGCCGUGGAUGACACCAAAGUAAAAGACUCAAAGACCGUUAUCAGCGCUGAGGACGAUGAUAAUGAUGAAGUCCAGGGUUUCUUUUUCGGAUCAUUAAAGAAAUCUCAUCCUGAGCUCCAGGAGCAGCUGGGUGAGCUUCGCAAACAUCUCCUGGAGAGCACCAAUGCCAUGGCUCCUCUCAAAGUGUGGGAAAUGCAAGAUCUAAGUUUUCAAGCUGCGGCCAGAAUCAUGUCAGUGCCAAAGUUUGACGCUUUAAAGGUCCUGCGAGAUCUCAGUCAGAACUUUCCAAGCAAAGCCAGAUCACUGACAAGAGUGGCUGUAAAGAAGGAAAUGAGAAAAGAAAUUGAGAAGAACCAAAAGUAUCUGAGUGAAACGAUUGGUGUUCAUCCCGGGGACGGAGAGCUCUUUAUCAACGGGCUGCAUAUCGAUCUAGACACACACAACACUUUCAGCGUUUUGGACAUCAUCAGAACAGAGGCAAGGAUCCUGGAGGGGCUUCAUAACUUGGGCAUUAAGGGAGAGCAUCAGGGCAAGCUGCUGAGGUUACCCAUGAGCACCGUGGGUGACAGCUUUGCCUUAGACAUCAGACAACCAGCUAUAAUGUGGAUGAACGACAUUGAGAACGACCCGAUGUACCGGAACUGGCCGGCGAGCGUGCAGGAACUCCUCAGAGCCACCUUUCCUGGUGUCAUACGGCAGAUCAGACGUAAUUUCUUUAACCUGGUGCUGUUUCUAGAUCCACUGCAGGAAGAAAGCGUCGAGCUGGUGAAGCUAGCAGAGCUUUUCUACAAGCAUAAAAUCCCCCUGCGAAUUGGAUUUGUGUUUGUUGUCAACACCAAAGAGGAGAUUGAUGGCUUCUCAGAUGCAGGAGUUGGAUUUUACAGACUGCUGAAUUACAUUGCAGACGAGUAUGAUUUAUCCCAGGCUGUGAUGUCUAUAGUCUCACUGUAUAAUCAAGUAGAAGAGGGCCAGAUGCUUUCUGCUGAGAUGAUCUCUGCUUAUCUGAAGAGGAAAUAUCCAAAAGUCAAUCCUGAAAAGGUCCUGGGAGUCAACUCUGAGUAUGAUUAUGGGAGAAAGGACGGAGCCCUUUUCUACAGAAAGAGUGGCCUGGGCGCUCUUCCUCUGGGCUUAUUUAACGGAGUUCCUCUGAACCCAGAUGAGAUGGACCCAGAGGAUUUGGAAACCAUAAUCCUGCAGCGCAUAAUGGACACCACCCCCGCCUUUCAGAGAGCUGCCUUCAUGGGCCAGCUGACCGACAGCUCAGACGUGGUGGACUAUCUGAUGGAACAGGCCAACGUGGUCCCUAGGAUGAACCCACUUAUUUUAGGCACUGACCGAAAAUACCUCGACUUCACUCGCACCCCAGCUCUGGAUGAUUGGGAGGAUACAAAUAUGUUUUCAUUCCUCGACUCCAGGGACAAAACAGCUGUGGUUGCUAAGAGAAUGAAGUACUUCACGAACAGUGACGAGGAUGGGGUGGCUGCUGUCACCGUGUGGAUAGUUGGAGAUUUGGAGAAGAUUUCAGGAAGGAAACUGUUGCUCAAUGCUCUGAAGCAUUUGAAGUCCAGUCGCGGUGUGCGCGUCGGGGUGAUAGAUAACCCCGGUGAAAAGCCCAGUGAAGACAACACCGUGGUUUACCGAGCUGUCUGGGCCUCCCUUCUCACUCAAAAGAAUAAGGCUGCAGCAGCGUUUGUGCAGAAACUCCUCAAGGAGGAGAGCAUCCAGCUCCUCCUGCAGGGGACUAAGAUGAAGGAUCUACUGCUGCAGGGCAUGGAUGUAGACGCCUUUGAGAAAAAAUUCAACACACUGGAAGCGGAUUUUAUCCACAGUCAGCAGCUGUUCUGUCGAGAUGUUUUGAAUCUUCGUCCUGGACAACGAGCGGUGAUCGGCAAUGGCAGAAUCCUCGGUCUGUUUGAAGAGCAGGAAGAAUUCACCAUGGAGGAUUUCCACUUGCUUGAGAGGAUUACACUGAGUGGUUCAGCAGAGAAAGUCAAAACCAAAGUAAAGGAGAUGGGGAUGAAACCAAAGCAUGCUAGUGACUUAGUGAUGAAAGUGGAUGCCCUCCUUGCUGCAGCCCCCAAAGGAGAGGUCAGAAGAGAUUUCCAUUUCAAAGAUGCCAACAGCAGCGUGCUGCAGCUCGCACCUCGUGAAAAUGAGGUGUUCUAUGAUGUCGUGGCCAUCGUUGACCCCCUCACUAGAGAGGCGCAGAAGAUUUCCUCGCUGCUGAUUGUGCUUAGUCAAGUGGUCAACGUGAGACUGCAGGUGUUUAUGAAUUGCAGGGCCAAGUUGUCCGAGAUGCCCCUCAAGAGUUUUUAUCGUUUUGUUUUGGAGUCGGACGUGACGUUCUUGGCCAACGAGACCGUGUCCUCAGGCCCAGUCGCUCGUUUCACCGAGCUCCCAGAAUCCCUGCUCCUCACUCUUAAUAUGAUCACACCGGAGAGCUGGAUGGUGCAGGCAGUGAGCAGCCUUCAUGACUUGGACAACAUCCACUUGCAGGAGGUGAAAGGAGUUGUGGCAGCAGAAUUUGAGCUGGAACAUCUUUUGCUGGAGGGCCACUGCUUUGACCUGUCAACCGGUCAGCCGCCUCGUGGGCUGCAGUUUACCCUGGGCAUGAGCCGGGACCCACUCAUGUAUGACACAAUUGUCAUGGCUAACCUGGGAUAUUUCCAACUGAAGGCCAAUCCUGGAGCAUGGACCUUAAGAUUACGUAAAGGCAGAUCAGAAGACAUCUAUGAAAUCAUCACUCAUGAUGGGACCGAUUCCCCGGCUGAUGCAGGUGAUGUUAUAGUUGUCCUCAACAGCUUCCACAGUAAAAUCAUCAAAGUCAAGGUGCAGAAAAAAGCAGAGAACAUCAAUGAGGAUCUUUUAAGUGAAACUAGUGAAAGCAAAGGCAUCUGGGACUCCAUAGUAAGUGUUUGGAGCACUUUUGAGAAAAGCAUCACAGGCGGCGGCGCCAGGAAGGAUGAUGGAGACAAGAAGGAGGAUGUUCUGAACAUAUUUUCCGUGGCCUCCGGUCAUCUGUACGAACGCUUUCUAAGAAUAAUGAUGCUGUCCGUCCUUCGGCACACAAACACACCCGUCAAGUUCUGGUUCCUCAAGAAUUACCUCUCCCCUUCUUUCAAAGAGACCAUCUCCCACAUGGCCAAGUCCUACGGCUUUCAGUUCGAGUUAGUUCAGUACAAGUGGCCUCGCUGGCUCCACCAGCAGACAGAGAAGCAGCGGAUUAUCUGGGGUUACAAGAUCCUCUUCCUGGAUGUUCUAUUCCCGUUGGCCGUGGACAAGAUCAUCUUUGUGGACGCCGACCAGAUAGUUCGAGCUGAUUUGAAAGAGUUGAGGGAUUUAGACUUGGAGGGCGCUCCUUAUGGCUACACACCUUUUUGCGAUAGCCGCAGAGAGAUGGACGGGUACCGCUUCUGGAAAAGCGGCUACUGGGCCUCGCAUCUUGGACACAGGAGGUACCACAUCAGCGCUCUGUAUGUAGUUGAUUUAAAGAAAUUCCGUAAAAUCGCAGCAGGAGACAGAUUACGUGGUCAGUACCAAGCUCUGAGCCAAGACCCCAACAGUCUGUCGAACCUGGACCAGGACCUUCCCAACAACAUGAUCCACCAGGUGGCCAUCCAGUCUCUUCCUCAGGACUGGUUGUGGUGCGAGACGUGGUGCGAUGAUUCUUCUAAAGCUACAGCUAAAACCAUAGACCUGUGCAAUAACCCAAAGACCAAAGAGCCCAAGCUGAUGGCUGCAGCGAGGAUCGUGCCUGAAUGGGUCGAGUACGACAACGAGAUAAAAGAGCUGCUGGGACGAGUCCAGGGAGAGGCAGGCGCAACACAUAACCCCUCUCCCUCACAACACCAUAAAGCAGACACGCGGCGUGAUGAACUUUAGAGCCUGCCAGAACCACGCUGAAGAGGAAGGAGGCGGCAGCACCUUUUUUGCACACAGGCCACCUGUGAGGCUUGAAGACAGACAGUUGCAGCUAAACUUAGCCACGGAGUGUUACAUCCUCAGAUCCCUGCUUCUGCAUCCCAACAAAUCACCACCAUCUAGUCAUUAACGACCGAGCCGAGGACUUGUGGUGUUUUCUGCUCCGAGGUCAGGAAAGGGCACAUCUACAGGGAUGAGAUAGCUGGUUUUUAGGUUUCUAAUUUAUGAAGGGUUUUUUUUUUGGGGGGGGGGGGGGGGGGGGGGGGAUCUGAAGUGCCAAAUCAAAACCUCCUUGAAAAACUGCUUUGGAAUAAGAUAAUGACACAGAUGGCUAACCUAUUACAGUGUGUUUACAUGUGAAUCAUCUUAAUUGUUUAACUUCCACCGGUGUUUGUGUCUCAGGAAUAAGAGCCGUCGUUGCUGCUCAACAGUCUUAAAAGUUGAUUUUUAAAAA